CAAAAAGUUGAUGUCUAUUGAAAAUUGUCACUGUUCCACAAGUAAUAUUUAUCAGGUGACUCGGGUGUAAAUCUUUUUGCUAGAAGCUAAAAUCAUUGACCAGAAUUUAAUUUUACAUGCUAAUUUUCUGUCUCUUAAUUUGGAGGUAAAUAAAAUGAGUCAAAUGCUGGUACCUAGAAUCUUUAGUCUUCUGCUAUUGCCCAUUGGCCAUUUCAGAAGAGUCAUGUGAUGAAGAUGCUCUUUAAACUAAGCUACUGGCAGCACCUUAAUGCCUGUCUUUUUUUAGUUUUCAAUUACGAGUGGCUCUUCUCAGCAACUGUUCCAUGAUGGUCGAGCCCUUCUUGGGAACCUGGAAGCUGGUCUCCAGUGAAAACUUUGAGGAUUACAUGAAAGAACUGGGAGUGAAUUUUGCAGCCCGGAGCAUGGCAGGGUUAGUGAAGCCGACAGUAACUAUUAGUGUUGAUGGGAAAACGAUAACCAUAAGAACGGAAAGUUCUUUCCAGAACACUAAGAUCUCCUUCAAGCUGGGGGAAGAAUUUGAUGAAACCACAGCAGACAACCGGAAAGUAAAGAGCACCAUAACAUUAGAGAAUGGCUCAAUGAUUCAUGUCCAAAAAUGGCUUGGCAAAGAGACAACAAUCAAUAGAAAAAUUGUGGAUGAAAAAAUGGUAGUGGUAAGUUUUCUUUAAAUUGUUCUGAUUUGAUACAUGCCUUUCAAGUUACUCAAUUGUUUUUGCAUCCUGAAUUAAGGGUUUGGUCUGAGGAGAAAGGGGCAGGGCGAGUUUAGCCUGUUAUCUACCAACUCUAAUAGAUUCCUCUUUGCUUUUAGGAAUGUAAAAUGAAUAAUAUUGUCAGCACCAGAAUCUACGAAAAGGUGUGAAGAAAGGUCCACAGCAAUGAAAACUUGUUCACUGACAGGGAACUGGUACUUGAAGAAGAUAUGCCUCAGGGCUAGUGACUUUUUAAAAAAUGUCUCAAUAUAAAUUUGCUCAAUAAAAACAUCAAAUUAAGCAGAGUUUUGAAGCUAUUUGAUAAUGAGGAUUAGGAACAGACCAAUGAAUUGAUGAGGCAAGAAGCAACUUGCCUGUGG